UUAGGGGUUUGGCUCGAAUUCGAACUAUCGAGUUAGACGCUCUCCGUACUUAUACGACGCCAAUUUGGUACAGGUGUCGAUCAUCUUCGGGCCGAACAAAAUAACUUGAACCAGUGGUUGACCAUAUUCGUCAAACAAAAAAAGACAGACUACCUUCGCAGCAGAACAAAGAAAAGCCUUUAUUGGGGUUGCCACUUGAUUAUUAUCAGGUCAAAGCACGCGUCCAUCGAUAUAAAAACUUGUCUGGAAGGGAAGUAAUGCAGCAAAUCCUGCUCCCCCGUCACCCAAGCACCAAGCACUACCGGCGUCUACCCAGCAUGACCCGGACGUCCAGACGCACGCGCGGCGCCCCAAAUCCAAGCGUCUCGGGCACACCUAGUUGUACCACGCCAGUCCAGCCCGAGGCCACCGUCAAAUUUCGAAGAGUCGCCCGUCGACUCCCCAAGCGGCCCCCCUUACCAUUCAUCUUCCCACCUCCUGAUACCCCUACCAGGCGUCGCCGCCGUCGUACCAGACACAAGAGAAAAGCAACAAAAAAGGAAUCAGACGAUGACGAUGACGACAACGACGAAAUGGAAGUUCCACCAGUGCCUCCGGUAGCAGAAGCCCCCUUGAGACACGGACGCGUUAGGGCGCGAAGCGAGUCCGUUAUGAGAAUGCUCAUGGGGUCGAUGAACGUCCCUACUCCUCCGUCUUCUCCGGCUCCUGUCCGCGAGGGUACGCCUGCACCGGGGCCGUCGAGUUUCUUUGGAUCGUACGUUACUCAAGUCGGCGAAGAAGCGAAGGAUCAAAAGAUCCCUCGUUCUUCCUCAAGAUCGUGAUAUGGAGCUCUGGGUGGCCAUUCAUUUACCUUUUACAUGCAUUCCUUAAAUAUCCGUUCAUAUUCCUUACAACUGCUUUUCCCUCAAUGCUUUUGUCAGAAGACCGUUGUGUUCAGUAGUAUGUCGCUCGGUUGUCUCCGAACUUAGUAGAACUUUCCAAGUUCACCGCAAUGCACCGAUAGUUAUCACGAGCUCUAUAAUGUAUUCAGAUGCUACAGAAUUUACGAUCUUGCAC